AUGAGCGAUUCUACGUCUCCUUCGUUCAAUCUGUUGAUCAUCAACCCUAAUUCGUCCUCUUCGAUCACUGCUGCUCUCUCAGCAUCGCUAUCACCACAUUGCCCUCCCAAUGUCACUCUGACAUUCUUCAACCCCAGUACUGGUCCGAAGGGAAUAUCAGAUCCAAUCACCGCAGAACAAAGUACACAAGCAUGUCUUUCUGAACUUACAGGACCUGAUCCCACUCACCCAAUAGACAAAUACGAUGGAGUCUUGGUUUGUUGUUUCAGUGACCAUCCACUAAUAUGGCGGCUCAAAGAAUAUAUCACGGAAAUACAAGGGAAAACAACCGUACUUGGAAUGUUUCAUGCUGGUUUAUCUAGAGCAAUGUUGAUCUCGAAAGCCCCUUUUGGUAUAUUAGCAACAGGUUCAGGAUAUAAAUCGAAUCACUAUAUUUCUGUAGAGGAUUUUUUAGGUACAAAAGAAUCAUCAAGAUUUGUUGGAUCGAUCACUUCGAAUUUACAAGUUGUGGAAUUACAAGAAGGAGAUCAAACAAAAGUUGAAAAAGGAAUGAAAGAUACAACGAUCACAUUGGUGGAAAAAGGAGCGGAGACUAUUAUACUAGGUUGUGCUGGUAUGUGUGGAAUGGAUCAAUGGGUUAUAGAUGCUGCUUUGUCUGGAACAGGAAAAAAGGUAACGGUUAUAGAUGGAGCAAGAACAGGCGUAGAGUUACUAGUUGCUAUGAUUAGAUGUUCAUUAUAA